UAUUUGUCCGAAACUCUUGCACUACACAGGCGCAAGAGCAAGCACUCACAAAUUGCGGCGAAUCCCACCACCUUGCAGACCGGCGACGCCGACAGCGAAUCCCACCCUCCCCAUCUUCUCACACCAGAGCAGAGGGAAAAGUCAAUCGAAUAGCAAAAAGCAGGGAGGCGCCACCAUACCAGACUUCAGAGAUGGGAUUACCAAAUGCUUCUGAGGACUUGUCAUCAGAGAUGGAGGUUGAUGCCUUUAGACGUCUUUUCCCACUUCGUUAUUUUGAGCGUCAUCUUGCUGAAUCAAUAAGGCCUGAUGGUAGACCACUUGGAAAAAGCAGAGAAACAAGUAUUUUUCUUGGUGCUGUUUCGACUGCUAAUGGGUCAGCUCUAGUGAAGAUUGGAUCAACUACUAUGUUGACUGCUAUUAAAAUGGAGGUUAUGACACCCUCCUUGGAGUCACCAGAUGAGGGCUGUCUAGCUGUUGAUUUCUUCAUGCCUCCAAUUUGUUCUCCAAUUGUUAGGCCUGGCAGGCCUGCUGAAGCAUCACCAGUGGUGUCAAAGCAAUUAUCUGACACCAUUUCAAGUUCUAGAAUGAUUGAUUUGAAAGAAUUGUCUCUGGUUAGUGGAAAAGCUGCAUGGAUGACUUACCUGGAUAUCUAUUGUUUGGAUGCUGAUGGUGCUCUUUUUGAUGCUGCAUUACUUUCUGCUGUUGCUGCUUUAUCUCAUUUGCAAAUUCCUGCUGUUGCCAUGAAUGAUGAUGGCAAGAUAGUACUUGUGUCUGAUGAAGAUGGACAAAACCAGGCACAGGAGCAAAUCAAUAAGGAAAAGAGGAAGCUUACAUUAAGAAGCAUUCCGUUCUCAUUAACAUGCAUACUUCACAAGAAUUACAUCAUGGCAGAUCCUACUGCAGAAGAGGAAUCCAUUUUCGAAACCCAUUUGACAAUAGUUCUGGACACAUCUGGCCAGCUAAUAUCUCUUUACAAGCCUGGUGGGUCGGUUCUUGCCUAUACUUCUGCUAUCCAGGAUUGUGUAGCCUUAACCCGGCAAAGAGUAAAGGAACUAAAAGGCCUCUUAGAAAAAGAAAAUUCUGCUAUGGAGGUUUGAGUAGAAUUAUGCAAGCAUCUUUUAAUGUUCUUUAAAUUUGUACAUUCUGAAUACUGCAGCAUUUCAUUAUAAAAACGCUUCUUUUCACGAACGUUA